GUGCUGAUCAACUGUACAGAAAACAAUUUCUAAUUAGUAAAAAGCCGAAACAAAACCAAAAAAGUUCAGUGGAUAAUGAUCUGAUAAAUUUACGUGCAACAUUGAGGAAAAUUGUUAUCACUCUUCAAUAUGAUUCAGGGGUACAAAACUCUCUGCAGUACGGCGUCUCGGCUGCCUCCAGUCCUCUCCUCACGUUUUGCCUCGACUCUCACAAAAACCGAAGCAAAAAGACACCGAAAUGCCAUCUUUGACACGGAAAAGAGUCGGCAAACGUCCUCAAUCGGUAGAAUUGAGAAGAUCAAAGUAGUCUACGACAGUCCGGAGAAUGAGAUAACCUUACUCAUGAACAAGGACCUCUCAACCCCCAAUGACUGUGCGAUGCACAUCUCCGAGGGUGUGACCAAAACUUCAGCUCUAGCAUCAGUGAACGGACUGCCCUGGGACAUGCACAGACCCUUCGUCAGCGACUGCGAACUCAAACUGUUCACAAUGAGAAGCCCUAACGACCGAUCCGUGAACAAUGCCUUUUGGAGGACGUGUUCCCUGAUGCUGGGGGCCGUCGUUGAUUCAGCUUUCAAGGACGACAUACCAUGCCACCUGCAUAGCUUUAUAGGUCCAAAUAUUAAAUCGGGAAGUUUCAUUUACGACGUCCACCUUCAGUUGCCGGAUUGGACUCCAACAGAGGCGGAAAUGCGCUCGUUGUCUAGUUUAUUCACUAAACUCGUGCAUCAGGAACUUCCAAUCGAGCGGCUAGAGAUCUCCGAGGAGAUGGCCCUCGAUAUGUUCCAGGAGAAUCCCUUCAAAUCCAAGCAGAUACCCAACAUUGCUCAGAAUAAUGAAGGAAAAAUCGUGGUUUAUAGAGUUGGAGACCACAUUGACAUCAGCAAGGGACCUAUGGUGGGCAACACCAGGCUCGUAGGCAGGAAUACGAUAACCGCCAUUCAUCAUAUUCAGAGCGAGGCUGGGGAGCCACUCCAUAGGUUCCAGGGAGUCGCCCUACCCAAUGGAAUAAUUGUUAACCAUUUCGUCUAUGGUAUUAUGGAAGAGAGGGCCAGAAAGCUCAAUCAGACUUUCUGGAUGCCGCAGAGAUUAGAGCAAGAGGAUUCAGUUGCUGUUGCUGCUAAUAACUGAGAAAUUAUGAGUAUAACUAUGUAAAUAAAUUCAGUUGAAAAUGAAAAAAAA